AUGUUACGUUUACGACAUUUUGUCAAAACCGAAAAUUUAUAUUUUCACGUCCCAAUGGUGUUUUUCCGAACAAUUAUCGAAGCGAUCUUCAUCUGGUAUUACUUUCAAAUCUACGCCUGGACUCUUUACAUGCCAGAGACUUACCAAUGCGACCGCGAACCAUGCAACAACAUCGUCACUUGCUACAUCUCCCGCCCGCAUCAGAAGACGAUCGCGAUUUGGAUCAUGUUCAUUACUGGCUUGAUCACGGUUUUCAUCGGACUCAUUGAGUUUAUUCAACAAGUGCCGAAGAUCGGCGCCGCCUGGAGUGCGAGACACGACGAUAUCACGAAAAAGUACAAAGUUGAACAAAUGAGCUCUGAGCAGAUUCGACUGACUUCUAUGUAA